AUGUCCAAUGAGUUUAAUGCGUUAAUUCGCAAUGGUACAUGGGAGCUCAUUCCUUCACUCCCCUAUCAAAAUCUUAUUGGUUGUAAGUGGGUGUUUCGUAUCGAACGGCAUCCUGAUGGCACCAUUGAUAGGUACAAGGCACACUUAGUUGCCAAGGGUUUUCACCAAUGUCCUGGUGUUGAUUUUUCAGAUACUUUCAGUCCGGUGGUCAAACCUACUACCAUACGAAUUGUGUUGCAUCUUGUCAUGACUCAUGGUUGGCCAAUACGUCAAUUGGACGUUAACAAUGCUUUUCUUCAUGGCACACUCCGUGAAAAUGUCUAUAUGGUCCAACCGCCUGGUAAUAAUUCCAUACUUGUGGCGAAGUUCAUUCAACUCUUAGUCACUAGGUUCUCUGUCAAGGACUUGGGCUCAUUACAUUACUUUCUUGGUGUUGAGGUUCUUCCCACAGGAACUGGUCUAUUCCUCUCUCAGCAAAAGUACAUUCAUGAUCUUCUUGUCAAUGCCAAGAUGAAUGGUGCAAAGGCUGUUAGUACGCCCCUCUCCACAACUGACUCCCUUAUGCUCCAUGAUGGCUCCCCCCCCACGGAUGCCAUACCCUACCGUCGUCUUGUUGGUGGUCUUCAAUACCUAAGCCUUACACGCCCUGAAAUCUCCUUCGCAGGUACCAUCUCUUUUGGCCUUCAUCUUUGUCGCCGCCCUUCUCAUCGUCUCUAUGCCUUUUCCGAUGCUGAUUGGGCUGGUUAUUGUGAUGAUCGCAAGUCUACGACUAGCUAUGUUGUCUACCUCGGUGGAAAUCUGAUCUCUUGGAGCUCCCGCAAACAACGGUCUGUCUCUCGCUCCUCCACCGAAGCCGAAUACCGCGCCAUUGCUGCCACCACUUUUGAACUCACAUGGAUUCAGUCCUUAUUGCGUGAACUUGGUAUUCCUCUCCCCAAACCACCAGUUGUCUCCUGUGACAACAUUGGCGCCAUGUUCUAUUGUGCUAAUCCUGUCCUACAUUCCCAUAUGAAACAUAUCGAUAUUGAUUUUCAGUUUGUACGGGAUCGUGUCACUCGUGGUCUUCUUCGAGUGUCUCAUGUCUCUACUACUGAUCAGCUUGCUAACGCUCUCACCAAACCCUUGCCGCGUCCCCGUUUCCAUCUCCUUCGUUCCAAGAUCGGUGUCUCCGAUGGUGCCACAGUCUUGCGGGGGCGUAUUAAGGAAUCUCCUACAUCAAAGGAGAUCAGUUCAUCAACAACUCAAUCUGCUUCAUCAACAACAUAA